AUGCGCAGUCAAGGGUCGGAUGGAGGGACGAGAGAGGAUGGGAUUGGGGCGGCGGGAUCAGGAUCAGGUGGGGGGGUUGGUGGGAGCGGUGGUGAUGGUGGGUUGAGUAGGGGUUACGCUCCUGUGUUUGGUGGUUCUGCUCGGUCUGCUUCGCCUGUGGCUUCGGCAGCAGCAGCAGCACUAGCAGCAGGUGUUGUUGGUGCUGGUGGUGGUGUGGGCGGAGCAGCAGCAGGAGGACGGACAGGAGGAGGAAGAGGAGGAUGGGGAGGAGGGGUAGGAGCAGGAAGAGCGGGAGAGGGUAGAGGGAACACGGGGGAUUUCCGAGCGUUUUCUUUGCCUCGAGUCAUGCCAUCGGAUAUCCCUUCGUUGUCACAGUCACCAUUACUGUCACCGCAAUUGUCACCGCAGCGGUCCUCGUUGCUGCAUCAGCACCUGGAUCCUGCUAGCACAGGCCCCGUUGCCGUUGCUGCAGCAGCAGCAGCUGCUGGUGCUCCUCCCAGCGUAGUUCUGAAAGGUGGUGCCGGCAGUUCCAGUAGUGUUGCCACCGCGAGUGUCACUGAUCCUGCUCCGGCUGUGCGGCAGUUGAGUGGGCUGGAAGCAAAGGCACAGCUACAAGCGAGGCUGUUGGGGCUCAAGAGCAAGACCUACCAGAGCCUUCCCUCCCACACCUGGGAUAGAGAUAGUUCCUCAAUCGCCCAUGCUUCUCCGUCUCCCCCUCCUCCUGCUGCUGCUGCUGCUCCUGCUGGUGCUGGUGCUGGUGCUGCUCCUGGUGCUGCUCCUGGCGCGAUUGCUGUUGCUGCUGCUGCUGCUGCUGCUGUUGCUGGUGUCGGUGCCGCAGCAGCUGCAGCUAGGUUUCCCAGGAAUGGUAGUUGUGGUGGGAGCAGACACGAGGGCGAGAAUAAGGAUGGGGAUGGGGACGGGGGUGUCAGUGGAAGUGGCGAGAAAGGAGGUGCGGGACCAGGAGAUGGGAAUACUGUUGCAGGAGGAGGAAGAGGAGGAGGGGAGGGAGUGGAAGAAGGAGGAUUUAGGAGAGAUGGGAAGCAAAGCGGGGAGGUGGCGAGAAACGCAGGGGAUUCGCGGGGUAGUUAUGAGGAGGAAGGGGGCGAGAGCGAGGGGACGGACAGGGAGGAGGGAAGCAGCCAGAGGUUGCUGCGGAGGGCGCUGACCAUCACAGCCAGACGCAGAGCAGCCGCAGCUGCGGCAACAGCAGCCGCAGCAGGUGCUGAGGCUAUAUGGAGGAAGGAGGGGUUGGGUGGGGACAAGGCAGAUGGGGCAGAACUACCCGGGCCUGGGGGACGAGUGGUAGAUGGCGGAGGGGAUGGAGGACAAGGAGGAGAAGGGGGAACAGAAGGAGGAGGAGGAGGAGAAGGGGGAAAAGGAGGGGGUGGAGGAGGAGGAAGAGGAGGAAGAGGAGGGGAUGGGGAAGUCAAGGGAGGAGGAAAGCACCCAAUGCCCCUCCUAUCCGCCUCACCUCCGCCCUCCCGCCCUCCCCCUCACUCCUCGUUCCCCAGCAACCCUUCCUCUGGUCAGUCACCCCCUCCUCCUCACCACGGCUCGAACCCCACUGCUGCUCGCCCCAUCUCACCUUACGGCCUCCCUCCCUCGAACGCCCCCUCUCCCUCCCCUGCUCGGGACACCACCUCACCUUUGCACCCGCGCCGUGACACCUCUCCUAUGCACCGGCCUUCCCGCAACCCCGCUCCCGCCCACCACCGCUCUUCUUCCCACAACUUCUCCAGUUCCACAGCAGCAGCAGACACAGCAGACACAGCCCACAUGUUCCAGUCCCUCUCUACAGGAUCCUCCUCCUCGCCCUCACACCCCUCCGCCUUCCCUCCUCCCCGCACCCACCGCACCAUGGCCUCUCAGGCCUCCCUCCCGUCCCACUACCACCGCCCCUCGCUUGCCCUGCUCCCUCCGAAAUCCCCACUGCUGCCGGAAACUCCCGCGUCUCCCUCGUCUCCCUCCUCCCCUUCAUCCCCCUCUGCGGCGCUCUAUCAGAAAGCGGCGACCACAGGUGCGCUGCUGUACCAUCAGCAGCAGCGGCAGCAGCAGCAGGAGCGGCAGGAGUGGCGGCAGCAGCAGCAGCAGCAGCAGGAGCAACAAGUUUCGGCUGCUCCGUCUGCUUUGUCUGCUCGGUCGCGCUACUUGAAGCAAAUAGGAGUGGAGGCAGCGCCGCUGUCUGUGACUCCCAAGCAGCGCCCGGCUUUCCAGCAGCGCAACUCCUUCAUCCGCCGACUCGCACACGAGGACGACUGCGGGGAUACUGCCAUCACCACCACCACCACCACCGACAGCAACACUAACACAAACGCCACAACCACCAACAAGAACGGCACAACCACCACCAGUAACACCACCACGGGCACUACAGGCACGAGCAGCAGCAGCACUGCGGGUUUUAGCUUGCCAUCCUCCCCUGCGACUGACAGCCACGUGCUGUUCCCUUCCCAAGCUCAUCCCUCUUCCAACAGCCAUUCUCUUCUCUCCCCAAACCAGAAUGCCUUCCAGGCUCCCUUGCACUCCCCCUCGCUGCCCCUCCCUAGUCCCCUCUCGUCCAACGGAGCCCCAUCUCCCGCCCCUCUCAACCCCCCAAGAGGAACCCCUUUCGAAUCCUCUCUCACCUCCUCUUCCUCCUCCUCUCAGACUCCUGUUGCUCCUCCCCAGCCCGAAUUCCCCGUCCGGUCGCACAUAGUUUCUUCCUCUCGUCAUGCUGACCCGUAUUAUGCUGCUCAGCAAGUGGUGGGUGACGGGAGAGAUGGGGGAGGGGGGGUUAGAGGGGAGGUGCGGAGGGGAAGGGAGGGGAGAAGGCUUGUGGAUGCGGAGGAGGAGGUGGAGCUGAGAAGGGGAGGGGGUUUGGACUAUAGGGGAGAGAGGGGAAGUGAGCAGGAAGUGAGGAGGGGUAGGGGGUCGUUGGGAGAAGAGGGAUGGGGGGGAAGGGAGGAGGAGGGGAGGAGAAGGGCGAGUGAGGAGGGUGGAAGGAGAGGAAGAAGAGGAGGGAGGAGAUUGUUUGAGGAGGAUGGGGAGAGAGAGAGGGGAGAGGAGGCGUGGGUUAGUGAAAUGGGAGGAUGGGCUGGUAGGAAUGGAAGGGAUGAGAGGGAUGGAGGGGAUCCAAGAGAUGCAGGAGGGAACGAUGGAUGGAGAGAGAAGCGGAGGGAGGAGGGAGAAAAGGAACGGAGAGAGGGGAGGGAUGGGAGGACGGUUUUGGAAGAAAAGGAGGGGAAAGUCGAGAGGAGAGGAAGAGAGGGGAGGAAAGGUUGGGAUGAGGUGAAAGGGAAGGAGGAAGGUUUGGGGAGGGAGGCAGAGCAGGAUGAGUUGGCGUCGGCAGUGCGGGAAGGGGAAGCAUUGGAGAGAGGGCGUGGUUCUGAGGCGGCUGAUAUGUAUGAGAGGCUUGAUAGGAUUGAGAGGGUUGAGAGAGUGCGUGUGGAUGGGCAGGAGGUGGGUGUAGGAGUGAGGGAGUGGGAGGGCGAAGGAAGAGGCGUGUCUGGUGUUUGGGACGAUGCAAGUGGUGGUGAUGGGAGAAAGGGAACGAGGGGGCAAGAGGAGGAACAGGAGCGAGGUAGCAGGUUACAGGACGAGUGGGAGGGGAUGAAAAAGGGUACAAGCGAAGAGGGAAGAGAGAGAGGGGGGAGAGAGGGGAGUGUAGAGGAGGUGGUGGAAAUAAGGGAUGGAGAAGAGAAUAUGACAGGAGACAAGGUUGGGUCUUGCAGGGGGGGAGAGGGGGAGAAAGAAGAGGGGAGAGAAGAAGAAGAGAACGAUUAUGAUGAUUUCGAAUAUGAAAUUGACGAUAGUGAUGAUGCUGAUGAUGCUUCUGCUGAUAUGACUGGUGAUCUGGAUGACGAGGAGCAGCAGAACGCGUUCUCUCUUGAUCUCGACUCGGAGUCGAGAGGGCAUGACACUGGCAGCUUCAGCACUGGUUUCGUACCGGAUGCUGAGAGCAAAGAGUGUGAUGAAGAUGAGGGAGAGGAGGAUGAGGAGGAUGAGGAGGAAGAGGAGGAAGAGGAGGAAGAGGAGGAAGAGGAGGAUGAGGAGGAUGAGGAGGACGAGGAGGAAGAGGAGAGAGGCACAAGGCGUAAGAGCCGGCCUACAGCUGAAAUGCUAGACUCCCAGGCUGCAUCUCUCAUGCACCUGGCUCUGCACGCACAGGCAGGUAGGCAUCAGGUUGCGGCUGAAACACCCCCUCCCAUCCGCUCCCCUGCCAUCUCCCUAGACUUGUCCGUGGAGGGGCGAGACGGAGAACUGUUUCACAGCAGCAGUGGCAGGGGUGAGAGCCGGGAGAGUGGCAGGGAUAUGGGCAGCAGCAACAGGAGUGGCGGCGGCGGCAGUGGAAAUGAAGAAACAGAAGGUGUGGUGGGGGAUCGUGGUGGUUACGUGCGGUUAGGUGCGGUGGAGAGGGUAGGAGCUUUUGGCUUCGAUACUGCAGCCGGUGGUGGUGGUGGUGGUGCUGCUGCUGCUGCUGCUGCUGCUGCUGCUGCUGCUGGCGGUGGUGGUUCUCCUACCCCACUGCCACGCCCCUCCACUCCUCUCCCUCUCUCUGGUCCUCCCUUUGCUGAAGCAACGUGGCUGGAACCAGCUUGGCCCCGACUGAGAGAGCUGGAGGAGGGCUAUACAGGGGGAUCGGGGCGAAGUUCAGUGGGUAGAAGAAGGGAAGGAGAUGGAGGGGAUAGGAGACGGGACGAGAGAGGAGGUGUGGUGGAGGAGGAGGAGAGAGGGGAGGAGGUGGGGGGAGGAGGCGUGAGGGGUAUGCAGGGAGGAGGAGGGAGGGAUGGGAUGGGUGGAGAGGAGGUGUGUGUGGUGGUGGUGGACGAUGGGAUGGGGAGGAGGGAAGACGUGGAUGGGGGCUCGCUUGUUGAAGCUGCAGCACCAACACCACCACAUGUCGACAGCAUCACCAUGGCACCUCCCUCGCAUGACAUACAAAUCACGAUUCCCCCGACCGACCUCGCUUACGAAACGCCAUCACCCAUGCCGUUUCUCCACUCCUCCUCACGCCCAUCCUCCCGCUCCGCCUCGCGGCCUUCCUCUCGCCGUGCCCUACGGAAUGCCGCCGCAGCAGCAGCAGCAGCGGCGGCGGCGGCAACAGAAUCUACAGGGAGUUAUGGGGGGGGGGGAGGUGGCGGUGAUGUGCAUGGGUAUGCAAGUGAGAGUGAGUCAGGACAGGAGCAGCAGGAACAGCAGGAGGAGCAGGAGCAGCAGGAGCAGCAGGAGGAGGCGGAGGAGCAGUGGGGGGAGAGGGAGGUGAUGGAUCAGCGUUGUCAGCAUCUGCAUCCAUGCCUCGCACUCCUGCCACCCCCUCCUCUCCCCUCUCCUGGGCUGGAUGGCUCUGGGGCCAGCAACAACAGCAGCAGCCGGAGCCGCAGCCGCAAUGAAGCAGCAGCAGCAGCAGCAGUGAAGCAGCGGCAGCCGCAGUGA